AUGGAAGAAACAGUUGAAUGGCUGAUUAAUUCCUUAAAAGAAAUUAUGAAAAAAGAAUGUACAGGAAAGAGAUUUAUUGAAAAUUUUAUCAUGCCAAAAACGUAUUCAGCAAAAAGAAUUUUAUUAAGAAGAAUGACUGAUACUAUAAAACCAUUAAAAUAUAGUCCAUUAUUUAUUCAAAAACAAAACGAAUUAUUACAAAGUGAAUUAGGAGAAAUUAUUGAUUAUAAGUCAUUACCAGUUAAUCCCAAUUUAAAUAAACAAUUUUCUCGAUCUAUAAGAGUAUGGAAAGGGGAUAUUACUAAAUUAAAAAUAGAUUCUAUUGUUAACGCUGCAAAUAAUACUCUUGUUGGUUGUUUUAUUCCACUUCAUUCUUGUGUUGAUAGUAUUAUUCAUGAACGUGCUGGAGUUCAAUUAAGAUAUGAAUGUAGUCAAUUAAAAACAGCUUAUAAAGCAACAACAACUACUACAGAAAUAACAAAAGGAUAUAAUUUACCAGCAAAAUAUGUAAUUCAUGUUGUUGGUCCUAUUGUAGAUACAUUAAAACCAAAAGAUUCAUAUUUAUUACAACAAUGUUAUUUAAAUUGUUUAAAUAAAGCAAUUGAGUCAGGGUGUACUUCAAUUGGAUUUUGUUGUAUAUCAACUGGAAUGUUUGGGUUUCCAAAUGAAGAAGCAGCACAAAUUGCUAUUCAAACAGUUAAUAAUUUUCUUAAAGACCAUCAAAUAGAUGUAGUAUUUUGUGUAUUUAAAGAAAUUGAUUAUAAUAUUUAUACUUCAUUAUUAAAUGAUGGGUUUAAUCAAUUUGAUAUUAUUAAUAAAGAAUGUUAUGACAAAGAAUGUUUAAAAGAAAAAGAACAAAAACAACUUCAAAAAAUACAACGAUUAAAAGAACUUCAAUUAAAAAAAAGUAGUGUUAAUGAAGAACUUACUGAAAAUGAAUUAGAAGAAUUUUUUGAUUUAGUUCAAUCAGUUCCAAAAGAGAAAAGACCAAAACAACCUCAAACUCUUGAUAAAUGGUUUUCUACUAAAAAAGUAAAUAAAAAGUAA